AGCAGAUUAAAGCCCCAGCCAAUACCAUUUCCUGAAGCCAGAUGCAGAUGUGAGUGCAUAAUUCACAAGGCAAGGCGUUGUCCAAGGACGGUGUCACUUUUGGGCUGCUCCUGGGACCUUCUGAGUAGCCAUGGCUGGGGAAAUAGUUUAUGCUGAUUUUAGGCAUCUUGGGGAUGGUUCUUCUGUUGAGAAGCAUCAUGCAAAUGUGGCUCUUUCAGCACCUGCCUUCUGUCCAUGGUGGCACAGGGUCCUUCUCAUAGUCGGGGGGCUGGGGCAACUCAUCCUGCUGGUCCUGGUGGUGGUGCUGAGUGUGCAGGUUUUUCAGGGCUCCCCACAGCCAGUGGUGACUAGUGUUCCGCAGCUAGGCAGUGGGAUCCAGGGAAGGAACCAGGUGGAGCAGUGCAUGUUUUCAUCCCUGGUGCAGUAUUUCUGCAAGCCCCAAGGGGACAGGCCCACAGCCUAUGCUGGCUGCAAGCUGUGUCCCCAGGACUGGCAGCUCCAUGGGGAAAGAUGCUACUGGCUUUCUGAGGAAUUGGGAAAAUGGACUCAAAGUAUGAAAAGCUGUGAGAACCAGAACUCCCAGCUGGUGGUGCUCCAGGACAAGAAAGAAAAGGAGUACAUCAAGAUUGUUACAGGCAAGAGCCCACCACCAGUGUGGAUUGGAUUAAGGUCACAUCAGAAGGUGUGGAGAUGGGUAGAUGACACACCGUUCAACCCCAAAAUGCUUGGCACCUCUCUGCACAAGAUGGACGAAGGGUGUGGGAUACUGAGAGCAAAGGACUUUGAAAUUAAUAGAUGUGAUGCUGAACACAAGUGGGUUUGCAAAAAAAAGCCUUUCCUGCUCUGCUCUGUGACAGCAGAAGAUGGAGCAAAAAGUGAUGCCUCCUUCUGACAAACACCCACCCCAAAAUGCCCAUCCCACAAGACACUUGCUGCCAAUAUUUGGGGUAAAAUAGCCCCAUCCUCACAGUUACAGCUUUGCAGGAGAUUUCAGGGUUUGCAAAUCCUCUUACCAUAAGGACCAAGAUCAAUUCUGGGGGCACAGAUGAAC